UUCAUUUCUUAUUGAAACAUUUCUCAUUUUCUCUUUCACCAUCUUUGUCUUUACAAGAUAAACAAUAAAAAUAUACUAAAAGAAAAAAAAAUAAAGAAGAGAGAAAAACAAAGUCUUUUUGGCUUAUUUUUCCAUCCAUAUUGAUUCUUGAAGAUAAAGAAGAAACCCCCAGAUAAAGAAUUGAAAUAAAAAGGAUUAAUGGCACCAGAUGGAGGAGGAUUGAAAGCAAGAAAUAAUGGAGGGACAAGGCAAGUAUUAAAAAAAGGUCCAUGGACAGCAGCAGAAGAUGCAAUUUUAAUGGAAUAUGUGAAGAAAAAUGGAGAAGGAAAUUGGAAUGCAGUACAAAGGAAUUCAGGAUUAAUGAGAUGUGGGAAAAGUUGUAGGUUAAGAUGGGCUAAUCAUUUGAGGCCUAAUCUUAAAAAAGGUGCAUUUUCUUUAGAGGAAGAAAGGUUUAUUGUGGAACUUCAUGCUAAGCUUGGAAAUAAAUGGGCUCGUAUGGCUGCUCAGAUGCCAGGUAGAACAGACAAUGAAAUCAAAAAUUACUGGAAUACAAGGCUAAAAAGAAGGCAGAGAGCUGGUUUGCCUAUAUACCCUCAAGACAUACAACCACAAUUAAACCAACAAAAUAUUUCUAUCCCUUCACCAUUUGAUAAUAAUCCUCAAAAUUCCAAUUACAUUAAUAACCCCCCUCUUUCCCUUUUAGAUAUUUUCAAUCCUUCAACCAUGAAACCUAGUAAUAUUUCAAAUCAAUACCAAUCCAAUAAUAACCCUUCUCCUUAUCUUACAAAUAACAAUAACAACAACCAACUCAAGUUUUUUCGCGACCCUCGAGUUCGCCUUUCUUUAACAUUAGCAUCAUCGAUAAGAAAUUCACAACAUUCUUCAAUGGUAGCACCCGUGCCUAAUAAUUUUAAUCAGAGCUACUCUAAUUCAAUGCCAGUGCCACCACUUCAACAUAAUUAUCCAAAUUUUGGCUCCACUACAAGACCUUUUACGGGGAUUCCCUCGAACCCAAAUGGUUUAAUCUUAGGAAUGGGCGUGCAAAACAACCCUUCAGUCCAAUCGUCCAUGCCUGAGACUAAAACAUGUUCUAGGAAUACAGGGAGUGAUUUUAUGAAUACAACAUCAAGUGAUGGUGCUGAUAAUUAUGAUAUUAAUCCUGGAUUAUCGCGAGGAAACAGUGGAUUAUUGGAAGAUUUGUUAGAGGAGUCUCAGGCUUUAACUAGAGUUGAGAAAAUAGAAGAGAAUUGUCCAAUUGAAAACGAGGCUAUUAAAGGGAAAUUGGUGUGGGAAGAAUAUGGAUUAAGUGAAGAGGCAGAAGAUAUUAUUUUAACUGAAGAAUCAACAUUUAGUUUUGCUCAAGAAGGUGGUGAUAAUGCCACCCCAAAUAAGCAUUCUGAAGACUCCAGCUCUCUCAAUUCAUCCUCAGGGAUAACAACAAAGGAAGGUUCAUUAGAGCUGGCUAAUCAAGUGGAUGAGGAUAUUAUGAGAUUUCUUGAUAAUUUUCCAGUAGGAGUACCAGUUCCUGAUUGGUGUAAUGAUGAAAAUGAUGAGCAGAAUACUUCUAAUGGCCAAUCUUUCGAAUGUGACCAAAUACAAUCACAUUGCUCAAAAUCAGGCUGAUGAAAAUUCAAAUUCAUGAAUAUGGCAAAAUUGGAGCAUGUUAUUGUAGUGACGUGCUUGUUUUUUUUUUUGGUUAAUUAGAACUAGUAAAUUAAGACAUUUAUAUUCAUAAAAAAAGACCGCUAAGUAAAUAGCAAAGAUUCUUGGAUUUUGUUGUUACUUUUUUUUAAAAAAACUUUAGGUUAAUAUGUAGGUCUAAUGAUAAUUGGCCACUCGAUUGUGUUGGCUUAAUUAUCUGUUGUGUACGAUUCCUAUGAAUCAUGGAAUUUUUUUGA